AGCCGCGCCUUCCGCUCCUGCGUCGUCGACUCAUGUCACCUGCCAGUCUGCCACAUCCACCUUGUUGUCGCGUGCACGGCGCCACGCGGGGUGUAGUUGAUGCUCGCGUGAAUGAGUACGCCCGUGUCCACUCGUAUAGCGUGACGAUGGAUAAUCACGAUGAGGAUGAGCUCGAAGAGCUUCAUUCUACGGUCUACACAUUCCCGCCGAACGUGCAGAACGUGAUCGAGCAGGUCUUGACUAUCACUGAUCCGUUGGACCAGCCCAAUUUCAAUGUGGUGGACUACAUCAAUAAUUUAUUUCCCACAGAGCAGUCCCUGUCAAACAUAGAUGAAGUAGUGAAUAAUAUAGAAAAUAAAAUACACACUAUUGACAGGGAAAUACGGUCAGUUGUGCGUGGCCAAACAAACGUGGGUCAGGAUGGUAGAGCAGCAUUGGAAGAUGCGCAAAAAGUUAUAAGACAAUUGUUUGUUCAUAUAAAAGAUAUAAAGGAUAAAGCAGAGCAAUCUGAGGAAGUAGUCAAAGAAAUUACAAGGGAUAUUAAACAGUUGGAUUUUGCCAAGAAAAAUCUUACUGCCUCGAUAACGGCGCUGAACCACUUGCAUAUGCUGGUAGAAGGAGUAGAUAAUCUAAAAGUAUUAACACAAAGGAAACAAUACGGAGAAAUUAUUUUACCUUUACAAGGAGUGAUGCAAGUGAUGCAACAUUUUAAUAGCUAUAUGGACAUACCGCAAGUGAAACAAUUAUCUGACCAAGUUCGUCAGAUUCAGGACGAGUUGGCCCAGCAGAUAACAGCAGAUUUCAAACAGGCUUUUUCAGGUCAGAAUCCAAAACAUUUCAAUCAAUUAACAGAAGGAUGUUUAGUAUUAUCAGAAUUGCAUCCUAAGGUGAAGAAAGAUCUACUCGUCUGGUUUGUAAAUAUCCAGUUACAAGAAUACGCACAUUUGUUUGAUGAGAAUCAGGAUUUUGCCUGGUUGGAUAAGAUAGAUCGAAGAUACACAUGGAUUAAAAAACAUUUGCUCGAUUUUGAAACAAAGUUUGGUGCAAUCUUUCCCCAAGAUUGGGAAAUUUCUGAACGAAUAGCCGUACAAUUUUGCCAUGUCACGCGUGAAGAUCUUACUAAAUUAAUGAACAAGAGACGUAACGAGAUAGAUGUUAAAUUAUUGCUAUACGCGAUUCAGAGAACCAGUAAUUUCGAGACGCUGCUGGCGAAGCGUUUUAUCGGCAGUACUUUAGAGACUACCGAUACUAAGAACGCAGUCAGUAAUGAAGUCGUGGAGAAAGUUCCAGGAAAUCCUUUUGAGGAAGAAGAUGAGAAGAUUGAAAAUGAAAAGCCACGGCCAUCUCCGUUCGAAAAGCUAAUAGGACGAUGUUUUGAACCAUAUUUAAAUAUUUAUAUAGAAAGUGUGGAUCGCAAUUUAGCAGAUCUGAUGGACAAGUUCGUGACCGAUUCUAAAACACAGCCGCCAGGGGCUAAGGAAUUCGAUGGCAUCGAAGGUCCAAGUAGUGUCUUGAGCUCGUGCGCUGAUCUGUUUGUAUUUUAUAAGAAAUGCAUGCUGCAGUGUACGCAACUCAGCACCGGCUUAAUCAUGCUGAGCCUCGCUGAGACUUUUCAAAAGUACCUACGAGAAUACGCAAUUAAGAUCUUACAGAAUAAUUUACCCAAAAUUGGAGGUAGUGCAGGAAUCGGCACCAGCAUGAGCAAUAUCACGCGUGAUUUGCGAGAUCUAUCAACAUCAGGCUUUAUACAAAAUUUUCAAAGUUUUCUGAAAGAGGGAGAAACUGCUAGAUUUAGCAAAGAGGAACAAUCUCGUAUAUGCUGUAUUUUGACAACGGCAGAAUAUUGUUUAGAAACAACACAGCAAUUAGGAGAAAAACUUCGUGAAAAGACAGAUGCGUGCUAUGCGGAUAAGAUAAACUUGUCUCAAGAACAGGAUAUCUUCCAUAAUGUGAUUUCCAAUUGCAUCCAGUUGCUAGUUCAAGAUCUUGAAGCAGCAUGUGAAUCUGCAUUAACCGCAAUGACUAAGGUACAAUGGAGUUCCGUGGAAGUCGUAGGCGAUCAGAGUAAUUAUGUUAAUACGAUAAUAGCACAUCUUCGACAAACAAUACCAACUAUACGAGACAGAUUAUCUUCUUGUAGAAAAUACUUCACACAGCUUUGUGCCAAGUUUGCUAGUUCUUUCAUAGCAAAAUUAGUGCAACAAUUAUUUAAAUGCAAGCCAUUAAAUGCUGUUGGCGCGGAACAACUGUUGUUAGAUGUUCACAUGUUGAAAACAGCCUUAUUAGAUCUUCCAUCAACGGGUUAUCAAAUACAGAGAAAAGCUCCAAUCCCAUAUACUAAAGUUGUGGUCAAAGGUAUGGCAAAUGCUGAAAUGAUAUUAAAGAUUGUAAUGUCUCCAAUUGAAUCUCCUAGCGACUUUGUAAAACAGUGCAAUAUACGCUUACCUGAUUUGCAGUCUCAAGAAUUUCAAAAGAUAUUAGAUAUGAAGGGAUUGAAAAAGACGGACCAAGUUCUAUUGCUUGAGCAAUUUAAACAAUCUGAAAACACAAAUGCUACAAACAUUACGAAAAAUCAUGUGGUACAUAAUAGUCCGGAACAUGAAGCUGGAAGAAUCAAGAAGCUAGAGAAGCUCAUCAAGAAGCGAAUUUGAGGAUAUUAGAUAUAAUAUUCAUUGUAUAUAUUUAAUUUAUAGGAAUUCUCUUAUUUUAAGAUAAAAAAAGAUUCUUUAUACAAGAUGUGGAAGAGGAGAAAUACAUGAACAAGGAAUAUUCUAUCAAAUAAAUAGAUAUUAGAUGUA